AUGUCAAACCAGCCCGCCGAGGACCUUCCUCAAGGCUGGUCCAUGGUAUUCUCCCACGAGGAUGCCUUGGCGAUGGAGACGCAGCCUCUCUUCCCGGAGAUGGAGCUGCUGGCGCAGUUCCUGCAGGAGGCCCGGCAGGCGGAGCUGCGGGAGGCGAAUGUGUGGAAGGACAAGACCACGGCCGAGAUUGGUCGUCGACUGGCGGGCUUGAAGCUGUGA